AUUUCUCGACCUUUCUGUAAAACCCCUAUAAAUCCUCUCUCUCAAAACAUGAAUCUUCAGAUAAAAUUUCCUGUUCUCUCCAAAUUUCAGAUUACAAAGCUUAACCAUUGAAAAAAAAGCUCUGCAAAACUCUGUUCCUCACAUUUACACAACGCUGUAAUUUCUGCAAGUUCCGAGCGGACAAAAAGGCCUCUCGUAAAGGCGAACAGAACGUGCUGAUCUUCGACCUCGGCGGUGGAACUUUCGAUGUGUCACUCUUGACCAUUGAGGAAGGGAUCUUCGAGGUCAAGGCCACCGCCGGCGAUACUCAUCUCGGCGGCGAGGAUUUCGACAACCGAUUGGUCAAUCACUUCGUCACAGAGUUCAGGAGGAAGAACAAGAAGGAUAUCAGCGGCAGCGCGAGGGCGCUGAGGAGGCUGAGGACCGCCUGCGAGAGAGCAAAAAGAGCGCUCUCAUCGACCACGCAGACGACGAUUGAAGUUGAUUCUCUUUACGAAGGAAUUGACUUCUAUGCGACGAUAACGAGGGCUAGAUUCGAGGAAUUGUGUAUGGAUAUGUUCAUGAAGUGUAUGGAACCAGUUGAGAAAUGCAUCCGUGAUGCUAAAAUCGAUAAAAUCCAAGUUCAUGAGGUCGUUUUGGUCGGUGGAUCGACAAGAAUUCCGAAAGUUCAGCAGCUUUUGCAGGAUUACUUCAACGGGAAGGAGCUCUGUAAAAGCAUUAACCCCGAUGAGGCUGUUGCUUACGGUGCUGCUGUUCAGGCUGCAAUUCUGAGCGGAGAAGGCGACGAGAAAGUUCAAGAUCUUCUGCUGCUGGACGUGACGCCGCUCAGUCUCGGUCUAGAGACCGCCGGCGGCGUGAUGACAGUCCUAAUUCCAAGGAACACCACAAUCCCAACAAAGAAGGAACAGAUUUUCUCCACAUACUCCGACAAUCAGCCAGGGGUUUUGAUCCAAGUUUACGAAGGAGAGCGAGCGAGAACCAAAGACAACAAUCUGCUCGGCAAAUUCGAGCUGACGGGCAUUCCUCCGGCGCCCCGAGGCGUGCCCCAAAUCAACGUCAUGUU